AUGGCCCCUGGGUAUAAUAAAUCGUUUAAUUUAGGGCUGGCAUGGCUGAACGGUGCUUGGACAGAUGAGACGGACCACGCUUUAUUGAUUCUUCUUGUAUUGCAUCACAAUGGCAAGACACUUUCACCUAAUGACCUGGCGGGGCGAUUGAAAAUCUGGGUCUAUCAAGGACUGCGAGCAUUAGACAGACCCACCACUUGGCUUUGGGAAAACGGUUGGCUCAGUAAGCGAUCUGUGAACUCCGUUCCCAUGAUCAUCUCUGCUCACAACUUGAAGGUGGUCCUGGACAAAGAAUACCUAACUGAUCCUGCUGCGACUGCCUAUAGACAUUGGGUCGAUUCAGGUAGGAAAAUCGCACCUAAUGGCUCAUUGAUGCGCACUCAUCCACUUGGCAUCGUGUGUCUUGGGUUCUCUUUGGAUCAGACCUGUCGCGUUGCGACGGCUUUCUCUGCGAUUACUCAUGCGGAUCCAAGAUGUACCCUGGCAUGUUGCAUAUCGACUGGCCUCAUACGGGGCAUCUUGAGAGGAGAGAUAUUGGGCAAGUCCGAUGUCGACGAUGUGAUCGAAUGUGUUUAUCAAUGGGUUGACACCUGGGCGAAAUGUCGUCGGGCGGAUUGGGGGAAUUUAAAGUCGAACAAGAGGCGAGAAUUCGAAGACGGUGAAUUGCUCGACCGACAGGAAUUCAACAAACACGUUCAGGCACAAAUUUUUGAAGAGCUUCAGCUAGACGACUCGAUGAAAAUAGGCUACGUUUAUAAGUGCCUCGGGGCCGCAAUUUUGAGUCUACGCAUGGGAAUGCGCCAAGCGCCAUACGACGCAGCAGCAACCACGGUGACGGCAGCACUCCCGUAUCCAACGAUAUUUGAAAACAUAAUAACCGAACUCACACUCGCUGCUGGUGACGCAGACACUAAUGCGUGCGCGGCUGGAGCUCUCGGGGGCUGCUGGCUUGGGUAUGGUGCGCUCCCAUCCCACUGGCGAGAUGGUAUGCGGGAUAUUAACUGGUUGGUCCAAAAAUGUAAUGGGCUUAUUCAAGUCCUGGAAGUGAGCAGCGAGCCAAAACUGAAGUACCGAGGCAGAGACGACCCAGAUACGCAUCCAGAUGGUGGGAAGGGGCUGAUGAGCAAAGAGGAGCGAGAGGAAAGGGACCGUAAUUUCAUGAUGAAGCACAUGGAGAAACAGGAGAAAGGUGUGGAGCAAGAGAAGAAUAGGCUGGAAAAAGAGAGGAAGCAGAAGCAAAGGCUUUGGGGAGGAAUGCUUGGGCAGCUUAUUGGACAAUAG